UGCGACAGUAAUGGCAAGUGUCGGAAACGUGUGGGAGGCUUGGGGCGCUGUUCGUUACGCAGAGAGGCAGCCGCCCACACUGACCUGGAUAUGUACGGCUGAGGAGGACGCCACCGAGCUCGGCUCAUGUCAUGGAUUGUAGAACGACAGUGAGGCCGUUCUGUGCUCAUCUUCAACGCAUUGGCCCUCGUGUUGAAGGCGGCUGUUCGGCAAGUGUGAAGUCUCCCUGCUCUGCUGCAUGGUGACGCGAGGAAGUGUCUGCUGAGCAGCCUAAUGGACGGUAUCGAUAAGUUAGCAAUCAGAACCUGGACCGAAUAGACCCUGUAUGACAUUUGGGGACACUCGGGUCUGUGUUUGUCCAGUCCGCCUGUGUACGUGCUGCAUGGAGCUGGAUACCAGUCCUACGUAUGUCGUCACAUCACCAUUACUGAGAGACAACAUUAACAUUAUUUACUUCUCUAAAGCGAGGAAGUGAAGCUGCGUCAGGUUAACGGAACUGGAUCAAGAUAAGACCGAAUGCUGGCUCAUCUGUCCUCCACAAUAAAGGCUAUAAAUGCGUAAUGUUUUGACUUUGAAUAAUGCAGUUUGGGAUUAGACGGAGCCUGUAACGCUUAGUAAAACGCCAGCCGACAUUUUAUUAGCAGUAAAGCUCUCUGUCUUUAUAAACGCAUAUAAACACGUAUCCACGCGUUUUAUUUUGGAAGCCUAGAACGGAAGUGGUGGCUGGUUGUGCUGCGGUUGACGCUAAUUGGCAGAGGGAUGUGGCCAGGAUGUAUUUAUGCUGCUGUUCAAGAUAUGAAAAUCAUUGAAUUAGCGCUGCUUCGGGAGCUCUGCUUCACCGCCGGACACAGCGGGGGUUCCGACACUCACUGUCUGUCAGCGUGCUUGUUGUCGGCGGUCAAAAACGGUGAACACAACCGAAGCUGCGGUGCUGCUUUCGUCUGGACCGGACUAUUUCAAUGCAAGCUUCUCAGCCUCACGCCCAAACAAUUUGUGUGCGGGGCUGAAUUCUGUGCGUGCGUUCUAAAAGUAUGUGAAUCGAUACUGUCACGUUGUUGACUUUUUAAUUUAUUUUUGUCCCGGACAAAGACUUUGUGUUUUCCCUCCUUUUAUUCCUGCAAAUGUCAACAGCCCAGCGUCACGUACUGAUGGAACCCUCUGUAGCUCUCGGCAGACUGGAACUGACCCCCAGCUCAGCCGCUGUUGGGGUCAACCUGACCCCGCGGCUGUCCGGCGGCCCCUCCGCGAAAGACAAGUGCAGCCAGCGGCCACUGGGGCCACAAGGCCAGGCUCACCUGAACGGCUGUGUCCCGCUGUCACAUCAAGUGGCCGGUCACAAGUAUGGAGUGGAUAAAGUGGGUAUUUUGCAGCAUCCAGAUGGAACAGUCCUGAAGCAGCUCCAGCCUCCUCCCAGGGGUCCACGAGAGAUGCAGUUCUACAGCAUGGUGUAUGCAGAGGACUGCAGUGAUCCAUGCCUUCUGGAGCUCCAGAACCAUCUACCCAAGUACUACGGUGCCUGGUCCUCUCCUGACAGCCCCAAUGACCUGUACCUGAAACUGGAGGAUGUGACUCGACACUUCGUCAAGCCGUGUAUUAUGGAUGUCAAGCUGGGCCAGAGGAGCUACGAUCCAUUCGCCUCGCAGGAGAAACGUGAGCAGCAGAUCAGAAAAUACCCACUGAUGGAGGAGAUUGGCUUCCUGGUCCUCGGCAUGAGGGUGUACAAGGUGUGCAGUGACAUGUUUGACUCGUACGACCAGCACUACGGCCGGGGACUGGUUAAAGACACCAUUAAAGACGGUCUGGCUAAGUUCUUCCAUAACGGUGUUAGUCUGAGAAAGGACGCCGUGUCAGCCAGUAUCUGCAGAGUUCAGCGUAUCCUCCGCUGGUUCGAGUCCCAGCACCAGCUCACUUUCUAUGCCAGCUCCCUUCUCUUUGUCUAUGAGGGCUUUCCCUCCUCUUCCACCUCGUCCUCGCUCUGCUCCCCGUUCAGCACCCCUUCGAUCAGCCCUACUGCGGGGAAAACAGCUCUAUUGUCAUCGGUGGGCGACAGCGAUCGGGGUGGGGAGGGCAAAGCAAGACAGGAAGGCCUGGGGCAGGAAGAGGAAGUGGCUGAGUACAACAACAACAACAUUCAGGUGUCGGUGCCCUGGGACUACAGCAUGGCCACCAUUUACAACAACCACACAAAAAGUGGCCACCACCACUGCGCCAAGGAUCACGACAGUGAUGCUGUGGAUGUGACAGUGAGCUCAGCACUGUGUGAAGAGGACAACUCCACAUGGAAACGGACAGGUGAGCCACAACAACCACCAAACGGAAAUGGAAACAAACAACAACUGGAAGGGAAGGAUGAGGACGGAGAGAGAAAGGAUGGAGGCAGGAGGAGAGAGGAGGAGAAAGGACAAGGAGUUGAUGAGACAGAGAGGAGCAGACGAAACACGGAGGUGGAGGUCAGGAUGAUCGACUUCGCCCACGUUUUCCCGAGUGAGAGCCAUGAUCACGGCUACAUCUACGGCCUCAAACACCUGCUGACGGUGCUGGAGCAGAUCCUCUGUGAGGCAGCCUAGACCUUCUCUUUACCUCCUGACCUGCACAGUGAACCAACAUCUCCACCCAUCAACCCCACCUUCUCAAAAGACAGAAACCUUCAGAGGAGAGAGGGAAGAAUCAAAGAAGUGAAUAUAAAUCAGAACCAUCAUCGUCAUCAUCAUCUCACCUGAUUGUGAUGGUGUGUGUGUGUGUGUGUGUGUGUGUGUGUGUGUGUGUGUGUGUGUGUGUGUGGAGGUAGUAGAGGCUGACAGCGGUGUUUUCCCUGUGAUCAGCUGUACUACAUGCACUAAUCAAUCCAUGAAGGCAUUACGACCCUGAACUUAAACACAACAUCUUCAGCUGCAUUUACUGAUGCUCAGUCGAGCUCCACAGCGUCACGUGACCUCAAUCCACUCCAUUCAACGCACACAUGGUCGCUGAGAUUAGCCGCUUUUAAAACUGUGCAUUGGUACACCACAAAUUAAGACUAGGCUAAGUGAUAUGUUCACCUCUAUGGACAGUGCUAAUACUGUAGCUGUUUGAAUCAGGCCAACGUGGGAAAUCCGUACACUGCACUCUUUGAUCUAUUUCACAGUUUAGCAUCACUACCUUGACUUUUCAGUUAUGCAAAUAUAUUGAGCCUAAAGCAGACAUUCUCAUCUGUUUCCCAACUCAACGUCUACUCACUGUCUUCUUCCAGAGGUACAGCGAUGGACCUCAGCCAGACCUCGGUGAGUGUUUCAGUUGAGUUGAGAUGAGAUGUACUAUUGGACUAUGCAGUCUGCCCAGAAAACUACCUAAAUUAUGUAAACUGUUAGAGAGAGCACAAUCAGAGCUCACUGUGCUGCAGCACUCCAAACCUCCUGAACAUGUAGCUAAAGCUCGCCCACAGUGGUUAACUCGUUUUGGUUAAUUUAGAACCAAAACGAAUGGUCUCCAGUGAAACCAGUGAAAGCAUCAACAGACCAGUUAAACAGGUUCAGAGUGGCCGUUUGUGAGCAUUGAGUAGAAGAAGUCUGCAGAAUGUUGAGUUUGAAGUCGGGUCGUCAUUUAGUGUUUUUGUUUGAACCACUGUCUACAGGUAUCUAACUCAGGUAAAUUUACUGUCAAAAAACUGCUUAAUAUUACUACUUAUUAUCCUGUCAGCAAGACGAUCCUCAUGCUGUGUGCUCAUUCAUUUACACAGUUCCUUUCUAUUAGUCUUAGUCAGAGUUCAUCUUAUCUCAUCCAUGUUGAUGUUUGAGCCAUGUUCUGACCUUACAUGUGUUUUCUCUUUUACCAUGGCUGUUUUCAUUGGUGUACACGUUGAGCCCCCCCCCCCCCCUUUAAAGACAAUUCAUAUGUUUAUAAGUUGCUCAUAAAUGGGUUAGACUGGACAGUGGGUUUUUGCCAUUUCUAAAGCAUUCUAUUAUUUUAAGUUAUUAGUGUGUACUUUGUUGACACUGGGCAAGAAUAGGAAAAUCAACCCAAACAGAUAGGUGAUUGUUUGAAAGUCUUUUUCUAAUUUCUCUAAGGGUUUUAAGAUUGUAGUAAAAAGAUAUUUGAAAGUUGCUGCUUUUAAGAGUCAACUGACAGACUCACCACAGACAGAAUGCUAAAGAAUGACAGACAGACGGACAGCAAGUGAAUGGUUUCAUGUUUUGUUUUUUGGCUUGGCGUGCUGACAUGUCAGUCACGGUACAAACAGAAGUCAGAAAGUCCUUUUUACACUAAUCUCACUGGAGCAGCAGUGUAACCGCUUCAUGCCGCUCCUUGUUUAGUUUUUACUGUCAUACUUGGAAGGCUUGACUAAUGUGUUUUUAUGCUGAUGCUGCAGAUAUUCUGUAUACAAUAGAUGAUUCUAAUAUUUUCAUGCCACAUAUAUCAGAGAUUAAGUGAAACUGUAUGAAGGCCAAAGCCUUCUACUGAAAUCCAUGAUGUUCAUUUAGUUGUGGUAGAAUUGUGGAAACCCAGAGCAGCCUUGGUUAACACAAAUUGUCUCAUCUGGAGCUUAGUUUGACAAAAAUCUAUACACAUAUACAUCACAAGGUCCACAGACUGCGUGAAGGCAUGUGAUAAGAAUAUUUUGUCAGGCUUUAAUUCUGUUUAGUUUUAUUUAUUUAUUAAGAUUUUAAUGCUGAAUGUAAAUGGUUACAAUUAGGAACAAGUCCACAGUGAAACAACCCUGGAUAGAGUAUGGAAGCCUGGUUGGACUGCUUUGUAGUUAUCUGAUUAUUUUAAAAACUAAUUCUCAAAUAAAUUUCAUUCCAGGCAGGUGAGUUUAAAAUGUUUGUUAAUAUGCACCACUAAAGAAUGACCAAAGCUGAAGCUUAAGACUGAGGUGAAGUAGAAUGAUGGCUCUGAUCUGCAGUCUGUUCUAGAUGUUAGUCUAACUCCACCUUCCAGUGUGCUGACACUCAGUGCGUCACUCUGUGUGUUUUGUUGUAAAUUGUUUUCACUUUAUCAUCCACUGUCUGCUCUACAGGUUUACUGCAAACAUGUGAUAUUAUAUCCCACUGCUCCAGUAUCACAAACCCAUUUUGAUUUUACCCAAUAAUAUGCACAGGCCUUUUCAGUUUAUGUAGCUUGUAAUAUAUGAAUAUAAUGAACAAGCUGAGCAUCCUGCUCUUUUGUCAAUGAACUUGAUUAGAUGUAUAAUGAUUUGAAUCUGAACCAAACCAGGCGGAGAACUGUCGGAAUAUAAUAUUUUCUCUAACGUGGUUUCUUUUAAAUAAACUUCUUCUAUUUGAAAUAAUCAUUGUGAACAUUUAGGAGUCUUUUAACGAUGUUUACACCAGUUAGAGAAUUGUUUUUUUUUUUUUUUAUAUUACUGCCUUAUUUUCUGUUAUGUCUCCAUAUCGUCUCUGUGUUUUGAAUAUUGAUUAUUGAUCAUUCCGGCAGCUUUGUGAGUCUCCCCUUACUGUGUUUGGAGUCUUUGUCAUGGCUAAAUAACACAAACCAUAUCAUGCAUUUGUAUACAGGGCAUUGUUGAUGUUCAGUUGAUUUCAUGAUCACGAGUGAUGCAACUUUUGACUUUUAACUUCCUUCUGUCAGUGUAAAAAAUGAGUGUCACUGAGACAUUUUGUGUCAGUGUAGGUGGGUAGAUUUACCAACCUCUCCAUCAUAAAUCAUCCUGACGUCAUAUGAAUACGAAAGAUUACAUGCACCAGCAUUUUGGUCCAUUGACAGGGCCACAAAUAGUUUUUUUCUUUCUUUGUUGAGUUGAAGCAGAGCAGUGUUUUUCCAAACCAGCCUCCUCUUUGCUCAUCACUUUGUUUUGUGCUGACGUGUGUGUGUAAAACACAGUGAUGAACUAAAAAGUGUAAAUGUUACAGUAAGAAAUGCUCCAGUAUCACAAGUCCUACUUUGAUUUUAAUCUAUCAAUAUAAUGAAUAAUCUGAAUUUAUUCAGAUUUUAAUCAUUUUUUAUGAUAUUUUACUUUUAGGUUUAUAAUAUAUGUAUAAUAUCUAUCCAUCAAUGAAGUACAAUCAGUUUACAAAAUGCUACAAUGAAUGCUGUAAUGAAUAUUUCAGUGACACGCUUCAGGCUUAUCAUGAUUGAUAAUCGAUCUAAAGUAUCUUUGUGGUCGGCAGUUGAUUUUCACAGCACAGUGAAGUGGAUAGAUGCCAAUGGCUGCCAGAGGGUAGCACAGUUUCUGAACAUUUGAAGCUAAAUGAAACAAGAACUGUGUUGUUUUUCUAUGUGGAGUCACUGAAGAGUAACUCUGCCCACCGGUUCUGCCUCAGAAUGUCUCAGUGUCAUGUCUGAUACUGGAAACUGAUAUGACACCAUAAAACAUACUGUAUCAUACUGCAUGUCAUAUCAGAACGGACCACACUGAUGAAAACACACCAUGCAGGAGCAGCAUCAUUCCAGCUGUGUCAGCAGAACUUUUCACCUCAGAUGAUCAGGAUGCAAAAUGUCAGUGAUCAGAUGAAUCUGGCUGCAUGUUGCUCAGUCUUAUUAUGCUCCACUCAUUUGUUUACAGUUGCUCUCCUCAUGACCAGAACAUGAUUUCUGUUCUUCAACUCCACAACUUUGAAAGUUGUUGGGUACUGAGUUAAAGGUUUCUUUGUUAUUAGCCAAUUUAUGACACAAAUUUCUCGUUCCAUCUCAGCCAAUCAGAAGCCUUUGCUCUUAGUUAUGACUGCAGCUCCAACUGAAACCACUUCACAGUUUUUCCUGUUUGAGCUUUCAGCUGCUUCACUUGUUUUAAUGCUGCAUUAAUGUACGAGCAGAACCAUCUCAAUGGGUCUCAACACUUGUUCUGCCUUUCCCUCAUGACACACAUGCAACAUUAGAAAGAAAAGAAAGUUCCCACCCUCAUUUGACUAAACAAUAAUCUCUGAUGAUGUUUCUGAUUGGCUGUGAUAUGCUCCAACACUUAAGUGUCUUCAUGUGAUGCCUGAUGGAAAUUUUGGGGUGUAAGUACACAGUUAAUAUGGCUGACUGUGGAAUGCUCUACAUGUGGUGUGAAAGCUUGUGGUGUGGUGUUGUUGGACCGUCAUCAUGAAAACUAAACCUGUUGAAGGACUGAAAGUGUACAAAGUCCAGUUCAGCUUCCCCACCAGUGUUGGGCUUCUGCUGUCAGAGAGGUCCAACAUGUGGGGUUAAGUAAAGAACGGAAUCUGGUCCUCCUUGUUAAGCCCUGUUAUGAAAUUUUGAUAUACUGGAUUUAACAUAUCUCAUAAAUGAGCCUGAAGCAGAACAGAAAAUAUCAUCACUGUACAUAAGGAGAGGAACUCAAAACGAUUCAAGUCCCUCUACAACUACAAACCUGAUACUUAUUAUUUUUGCAGCAAUAAAAAUAUUAAUCAAA